UCUGCCCGUGUCGUCCGUUGGGGUAGACCGGACCUGGUGAAAGAGAAGACUUGACCAUUGUCACGCAGAGUUCGGGCUCCUGCGUGAAUAAAGCAGGUUGUAACAUUGACUAUCAAUCAUUGUUAGCGGACAAUGGACACCACGCUGCAGAUCGUUUCAGCCAUUGUGAUUGGUUACGUGCUGUGGGUUGUCAUCCCUGCCUUGUGGAGGUACCGCGCCCUCUGUCGGAUGUUGAAGAACUAUGCCAGUCCAGGCCCCCUUCACCCUCUCUGGGGUCAUAUCAAAUGCUUCGAUGACGACUAUUCGGUGACUUCUACUUACGAUAAAUUAGCUGCGACAAGUCAGUCCAAGAUGGCUGCUGUUUGGUUGGCAUUUAAGCCGUUGAUACAAGCAGUUCACCCUGACACAGCGAAAAUAAUUCUCCAGUCAUCCGACCCGAAGCCAACAGGGCGUGGUCAUCAAUAUAAUGUGCUUCAAUCGUUCAUAGGUGAAGGGUUAUCAACCAGUAAUGGCAGUAAAUGGCUGCGGAACCGGAAGUUACUAACUCCAGCCUUCCAUUUCGACAUCCUCCGCCCUUACGUCAAAGUGUACAACGAAGUGGCCGACAUUUUACUGAACAAAUAUGCCGCGAAGAUGGCGACUGGAGCUAAUAGUAUUGACAUCACUAAAGAUAUAGGACUGGCCACUCUGGACACCAUAUUGAGGUGUGCUCUUUCCUAUGAGGGUAAUAUACAGGAGCAAGAAGACCAUCCUUAUCCCAAAACCAUUCACCGGAUCUCGGAACUGAUCAUUAAACGAUUUUUGAUACCGUGGCACCUGAUGUCCUGGAACCUGUACAUGCUUUCGGCCGCAGGGAAGGACUACAAACGAUGUAUAGAUUACGUACACGGUUUUGCUGAGAAAAUCAUUGCCAAGAGAAGGAGAGAAUUGGCUGAUGAUCCAUCACUCCUCACAAACAAGAAGAGAAUGGAUUUCCUGGAUAUUUUAAUGACGGCAAAGGACAAGUCUGGAGCCGGACUUACUGACGAGGAGAUCAGGGACGAGGUCGAUACCUUUAUGUUCGCAGGUCACGACACGAGUUAUUCCGCCCUGAUCUGGGCCCUGUAUCACAUGGGCAAGUACCCAGAGGAACAGGAGGCGGUGUACCGGGAGGUGUGUGACGUCACGGGCGACCGACAAUACGUCGAAUGGGAGGACCUGGCUAAGUUACAAAAGACGACCAUGUUCCUGAAGGAAAACUUAAGGCUGUACACCCCCGCUGCGACCACCACCCGGCUCCUCACUAAGCCUAUGGAGCUGGAGGGACACACAUUUCCCGCCGGAACUGCCAUUGGAGUCAAUUUUGCCGUACUUCACCGUAACCCCGAGGUGUAUGACGACCCUAAAGAGUUUCGACCAGAACGAUUCCUCCCAGAAAAUGCAGCCAAAAGGAGCCCAUUUGCCUUUAUACCAUUCGCCGCCGGCCCAAGGAACUGUAUCGGGCAAAACUUCACGAUGAAUGAGCAGAAAGUAAUUCUUUCUAGAAUUGUUAAAAGGUUCAAGGUUGUGUUGGACGAGGACCACGUCGUGUUGGAUGUACCUAGAUUGGUAAUAGAACCAAGAUACGGGAUCAAGGUCCGCCUGGAGGAGAGACAGUGAUUAACUGUUGGCUAUGAAGUGUAGCAGUGCUUGUAAGUCUACAAAACUAAGGAGUCUAAAACUGUGUUACAACUGGUGAAUCAUAUAUAUAUCCAAUAGAACAGUAGGAAUAUUAGAAUUAUAGUAAAUAGUAGCUAUAUGUUAUAAAGUGUGCCAACCUCUGACGCUCUAUCAGCUUUAACUAGCCCUACUUCUAACGCUUUGUCAGCGAAAUAUACAAUCAACACAAAUAACUCGUUUUCAGUAUUUGAGAUGUAACUAUUAAGUUGCUAUCUCGUCCGAUCUGUCUGCUACUUCUUGGUACUUUUACACAACGAUGUAUUUAUCCGCUUUUUGACAGCGUGAUAUUGACAAUCUGCAUUAUACAUAUACUUAUCUGUCUUUAUAUGUAUUGUUCUGAUGUUGUUAGAUAUCUGAUGUUGUAAAUUAAACAUAAUCUACGCUGUGAAAUUAGUUGUGUUCUUUGUAAG